AUUCUUGUUCCGUGUCGGUAGAAUGGAGUACUUAGUAGAAUUUUAAACGUAGACUUUGUUAUAAUCAGAUAACGUUCGAUAGCUUUAGGGAAAAAAUAUGCUUUUUUUAAGGUGUAGCUAUAUUCCAUAACUCUUCGUUGAGGAUACUAGAUGAUUUAAAUCUAACAUCAACGUAAUGAGAUGUUCGGGUAUUAAAUAAUUAAGGAAAACGCGCUUCUACUUUUUCGAAGGUACUUAGUAACUAUGAGGCAUACGUUGUUGCUCGUCGCGGCGGUUCUGGCUGCCAUUUGUGCCGCUUACGAGGACGCGUCGUUAGUGAGGUCAUCGGAAGCGUUAACGUUUGACGACGACAUUCAUCUCGAGGAGCGAGAGACCGGCGGGCGGCUGAGGCUGCAGAGUAGAGGGACGCUAGCAGAUAUCAUUGACCUGGACAGAAUUGCAAGCGUCAAGAGGGUGCUAUGCAAAGACAACAAGAUACUUGUUCGUCUUGACGACGACAAACCGGAUGUUACGUGGACAAAAGGGCAGAUUCUGAUUGGUGGACCGCAGUGGAACUGCUCGCACAAUGUCUACAAGCCGGAGUCUCACACGAUCUACGCCAAAAUCGGGACUUUGCUGCGACCGAAGGAGAGAGUCGUUGAAAUACACACGACAGAGGCGGGUCCACUCGAAGUAUUCGAUAACGCAGUCAUCAAGGUCCAUUACCAGCAAGGGGAGCUCAUCCCGUCACGACACAAACGCUACCUAUCCAACCCGCUGAGGACCGUUCUAAACCGUGUCGACUACAACGCGUCGUUCACAAGAAACAUACCAUUCAACAACAUGGGGGACGACGAGGCGCAUAAAACGGUGAACCUGUAUAAACGCACCGGAAAAUAUGAACCGGAUGUUGACACAGACAGCAACGCCACCUAUGAUGGAAAGGACUUCCUGUUCCGGUGCCACAAUUGCCAUGGUUAUAGCCAGAUUUCAUAUUACAUGGAGCUGGUGAUUUACAAAGUGGACAACAAACCCGUCAUCAAGAAAUACAUGAUGGAGAUGGAUGUCAAUACGAAGAUCACCCAUGAGUACACCAUCACAACUGACCAAGAAAUUUCCCUGACAAAGACCGGCGUUUUACUUGUGAACCAUUCUACGCCGAUAUUCGAAGUUCCGCUAGCGACGUUCCAGACGUUUUCGCCCAUAAUGCUUACCGUGAACGCGUCGACCCAGGCUAAUAUCGCGCUCAAGGCUGUAACUAAACACGCCACAAACUACAAGGGAAAUGUGGAGUUGCAAGGAAGGACAGUUAUCUCUCAAAGUUUCGUGGAGGGCAAGCCGACCAAGAAUGACGUAACGGUGUACAACUGGACAGUGACCACUACUGACCAGAGCGUGGACGCCAACCGGACAUUCAACGCCACGUUCGCCUUCUACCAGAACAUGACUAUCACGCCGUACAUCUCCUGGGCGCAGAAGGAUAUCGACAUGAAACUGGGGCCACCAGUACAAAUAAGUACACGCCCUACGAUCAACGCCUUCUCUACGGGCGAUACGAUUAAACGCUGCAACCGCGUUCACGUUUACGUCGAUACCAACGUCACUGUAGCGGAGACAGAUUUCUCCGUGGAUGCCUUCGGGAUUCAUAUUUGGAACGUCAAAGUGAUGGACAGUCUGUCACGCAAGAUAAACGUUAUGGAGGCGGAGUUAUCCUACAAGUGCCACGCUGAUUGUCACGCGGAGAACUACACAAAGAACAAUGACGUCAGUAUGAAUACCGCUUGUGGGUACCCGAGCAAGAAACUGACUCGAAACGACAUCGAGUUCUCAAGUCUCUAUCAACUCUGGGGCAACUACGUUCUAUUUUCCGCCGAGGAAAGAAACGCAACGUGGUGCGGACACCCCGGUCGCGCCUGCGUGGACUGCAGGGAUCACGUGGUUUCCGAUACUGUCAAUGACGCAUGCGCGGAUCGUAUUGUCUCAACGGAAUUAGCAGCGUCUGUGUCGCGACUUGCGAAAUUUAUAGAGGCAGAAUGGCCAGACAGAAAGCUUGUAAUACAAGAGGCAUUCGAUGAAGACACGUCCGAUUUCCCGAACGGUCGUCAUGAAAACGAAUCAGUGUUCUAUGAAGGUCGGGGGGCAGAAAUGUCCAUCACAAAGGCCAACGCAUUCUCCCCGGUGGCCCUGGAAACCGAUGACUAUGUACAGAGGCGACUCAGCGAGCUUGCCGUGUGCGCGAAUUUUGCGUACGUUGCGAAAGAAGACGCGAAGGUUAGCGCAUGCGUAGAGAGGAAACCAAAAAGUGAUCGCCGUAAGCGGUCGCUGCUUUCGCGCACGCGCAGAUCGGGACACGUGGAGCAUACAAUGGUGAAAGAGCUGCUAGAAAAACUAGGGGACGCGGUUUCGAAAUCGCCGUCUGUAAACCUGACCUCGGUGUUACCACUUCCGGUUGGCGGUCAGUACCCACAGGGGUCGACCAUGGACGUCGCGUGUGGGGCGUUCACCGGAAGUGUGUCCCAGGAUGACACCGAAAGAUUUAGACGACUCAUCGAGUAUCCACUGAGCGACGUCGACUUCGAGCCAGAGGGCGACACGGGAGCGUGGUGCGGCGUGGAAACGAGGCGUUGUCAUGGGGAUUGCACCCUGCACUCGGGCGACAUUGACGACCACUGGAACUGGUGUGGUACCCGCACUAUGCACAUGCGUCUCGCGGCCAGGCUCCAGCGACUGACCAAGAUUCUUCCGUCGUCUGAAAGAGUUGUCGUCAAGAAGGCAUUAACGAUGAAUAUUACAAAUGUAAAAGAUAAGCAGUUUAUGGAAGGGAGGGCUGCCCAAAUCACGCUGAAAGCAGGCGGGAGUCUCUCUUCGCAAGUGUUCACUCAAUACGCAAUCCUGGCCGGAUUCGAUUACGUCAUGCACGUUUCGAAUGACGUCAUAAACGUGUGCGUCAAGGUACAGGAUGGAAUUCAGACAAAUCUGGCCCAGUUUCCGACCGCAAACUUGAUUUCCGUUCCCCUCCCACUCGGUGAAGAGGACGAAUACGAUUAUCCCGAAAGUUUAAGAAAUGAAUCGAGAAAACCUCUGCUAUUCGAUGUAUCGACCUCAAGCGGCGAUGUGUCAGAACAUUUCAAACUGAACGCGUUCGUCAGUCCCGGUAAAAGAUACAUUCGUCUCGACACGAUGUUGGUGUAUCUUCUAGACCUCAGUUACGAUGACUUUAAGGGCGGUUUCUACGGCAUUACCGGCUCCGGUUACAGGCCAAGAUCUGUCAAUCUCGACAACAUAGCUACUCGUCACGAAAAGGAGCAGAUGCGAUUCGAAAUGGGACAGGCCGUAGAGUUAAAGCCCAAUGACGUAGCCUCCGAGGAUAACCUGUUCCGGUUGGCCAUUUCCCUCAUCCGGAUCGCGAAGAGCGUGCGCACGCAGCAGAUUGGAAUCGGGAUCGGUUGCAAGGCCGAUAGACUCUACUUCGACGUCCGACCGAUUGCCGAUGAGAACGCUUUGGUUGUGGAGGUUUGGGACAGCGGCAACACUCCACUCUUUAAUCGAUUAAAACUCAUACAGGACAUGAUUGCACAGGGCGGAUCUGUGGUCACUGCCCGACCCGACCCCGUCAUCUGUAACACCCCAGCUCUGGGGCGCGAAUAUUUCUACUUCAACUUUGACCUCGAUCAAGAAGGACACUGCUGGAAAACCGACAAUUCAUUCUGCGUGGAAACGCACGAGUCACGUUAUAACGUUAGCGUCAUUCUCCAACGACGUCUGACGUCAGCCGCGGGCACCGGGAAACUACCGCGUCCUGACAUAAUGCCGGAAAUCGAGGCGUGCGUCGUCGACACCUGCGGAGGAUGCCCGAGCGCUGGAAGCGUUUGGAAGGAGAAGGUUGUAAAGUGCACGAAGAUGAUCCUGAAGUACCUGGCCCGUGCGAGUGUCCCGUUCCAGCCGCUACUGGACAAGGUGUCCAUCUUCAAUACGGACAACCACCAGUCCAGUGUCCACUCGCUCGCCUGUCAUGACGGCAGGGUGUGCAUCGAGAACACCCAGAUCUACGCCUUGCUGUUACCACUCACGACCGCCACGUACAAGCACGAAAAUGCGGACGAACUGAUCUUCGGAGGGGCGGACAAUCCGAGCCCGCUUCUCGAGAUCGUGGAACAGGAGUUGGCCUGGAGAGCCGUGGGCAAUGUGGAUGUCUAUCUGGAGUCAGCCAAGGACGUUAACUCGCUUAGAAAUACCAUACAGAUUCUAUUGAUGUACAACAAAAACGUGUCACUCGUGACGUUUCACAUCGAUUCGGAAACUGACGAAGAUGACGUCAUCAUCACAUUACAACGGAAGGUGGAGCAGUGGGUCUCGGGGGUGUGUCCCACGUGGAGUCGACUCGUGACCACGCCCUACACAAUGACCAAGAUCCCGAUGGACCGUAAAAAGCGAAGCAUAGAACGCAGCAAGGACCGGAACGAGAUGAAUAUGCAAAUGAGGAACUGGGAGGUGGAGUGGAUGCUAAAGUCGUAGACACACGCUAAUAUAGGACGAUAACUUACGUUUAUGAAUUAAGCCUCAUUUUCGCAUAUGCUUCUUAUAGUAAUACAACUUUUUAAUGUAUCUCUUGUAAAUGUAUAAAUGCUUAUAAAUAUGAACAUUUUAUCAUAAAAAAAGGAAUUUAAAGACAGAAAUAAUGAAACUCUAAAGGAAUGUUCAGUGGAGAAAUCCAUGUUAUCAUCAGCAUGUGUUUUAUUAAAUGCAAGUAAUUUUUUGUGUGAGCUGGAAUGUUGAGAAUAAUGGUAAUAAUCGUGUUAUGUUUUGUGUAUAGCAAUAACAAUACACACAUAGCUUUGAGACUCGCUCUGGGAAAACGUGGCUAAAUGCAUGUGCUUAAAUUGCCAUCCCAGAAUAGCCUGUUCAGUUUGCACAGGCUCAUCAUUGAAGACACUUGCCGCUUAAAGGUAUUUUUCGUUUAAGGAAGUCUCUAUUGAACAAAAAACAGUGUAUGUGUAAAAGUGUAUUUCUUGAUCCACCCUCAGCGGAAUGUACAGGCUGAUCUGGGACGAAUAUGUAAGCACAUGCAUCAAGCCUUAUUUGUUCCAGAGCGCGGCUCAAAUAGACUUUACUAUUAUGUUAAUUAUUUUUUUAUUGUAAUCUUGCUGAAAAUGUGCACACAUGUGUGUUGUUUGUUGUUGUUGUUUUAAUAUUUUAUACUUAGCGUAUUUGAUUUUUUAUCUCCCAUACACAAUAUAAUCUCAGUUUAUUCAUUUGAUGACAAUUAAGUUUUAAUCACAUAACUUAUGGCCGAACAAUUAGGCACAGAGUCAUGACAGAUUUUAUACAUUAUUGUUCACUGUUUAGUAUGUUGAAAAUGUAUUUUUCAAGAAGAGUGAAUGCUUUAUGGCCUUCAGUUGUGAUUGUAUUGUAUCAAAUUUAUCAACUUUAAAAAAGUCAAAUGUAUUAUUAGUUAAAUCCAUAAAACACAUCAUUUAUUUUGACAGCCUUGCUCAUAAAUUAGUUAAAGGGAACAAUAAUGCGGAAUAAAUAAAUCAAUUCAUGAGGUAAGUUUAUGGAUGAUGACAUAUUUCAAGUUUAAAUUCAUCGUUUUUGAACUGUAGAACAGUUUGCUCAUCAAACAGUAUAUAUUUCAGCCUGAGUUCAGUAGCUCAUUACUAUGAAAUUAGUGGAAAAUUUUCAUUAAAACAUCUAUAGUGUUCAAGGUGAUGAUACAUGCCACAUUUUAAUAAAUAUCUUUCAAAAUGUAGAAGCUGUUCACUCAACAAAUGUAUAACUUUUUAUGCGGUCAAGCAGACCUAUAUACUGACAAAGUGACUCCAAUAUACCCUUCUGAAACUUCGUUUGUGAGGGUAUACCAAUAAAUCAACACGUAUAUAUUGAUACUAAAAUUGUGAAAGGGUCACCAAAGAAACAUUUUUGUGAAUGUUUUUGUCUGUCAUCCAACAAACCGUAAAUAAAGCCCUUCUUUUCAUUCGGCGGCGUAAAGUGUCUUGUGUAACCACAUACCUGCUUUGAAAGUAUAUGUUACUUUUAAGGAGACAGCAAGCUGCAUCAAGUGUGUUCCGGAUGCAGUCCAUAGCCGGGAAUUGAAACACAAGUGACUUACAAAUGAAUAUAAAUAUUUAUCCUUAGCACCGGGAUUCCCCUAAAAAUCAUAACCAACAGAAGAGUUUAUUGAUUGAUUACAGAGGAUACAUGGGUGGGGGGUUUAAAAAUGACGUCCCGUUCCAGAUACAUUGGCUCUUUAGUUGCCCGGUCUAGAAUCUUGUAUAAUGAACCUCAGCUUAUUGCCUCACGUGAAAUACCCGUGAGUACGUUAUGAUUGUGGUGUGAAUCAAAAUUCAAACCAAUUAAAACCGUCUCUAAACAUACUACACUAUCUCACCCCCCCUGACUUUCAAGUUAAUAUCAUCAAAGCUCACCAUCUACGCCGUUGACAUUUUUAAGUUGGCUGACAGUGGGCAUAUUAUCGUGCGUUUAUUGCACUAUCUAGAGAAAGUAUCAUGCAGCAAUAUUGUGUAUUUUUCCGAUCAUAGGCUAGUUACAACUACUAUGUGAAAUGCAUAUUUGAAUAAAACCCAAACUGUUGCAAACUUGA